GAUGUCAACACAGCCAUCAUGGAGCUGCUGGUUAUGGCCUAUGCCCUCAAGACCUCUUGUGCCAAGAAUAUUAUUGGAGUUAUUCCUUACUUCCCCUACAGCAAGCAGUGUAAGAUGAGAAAGAGGGGCUCAAUUGUGUGCAAGUUACUAGCUUCAAUGUUGGCUAAAGCAGGAUUAUCACACAUCAUCACCAUGGACUUGCAUCAGAAGGAGAUCCAGGGCUUCUUCAGCUUUCCAGUGGAUAACCUGCGUGCCUCCCCCUUUUUGAUUCAGUACAUCCAAGAAGAGAUUCCUGAUUACAGAAAUGCCAUCAUUGUGGCAAAAUCACCUGCAGCAGCUAAGAGGAGGGCAAACCAACGUCUCCAACAGCAAAACAAAGACUUUGGGUCAGAAACCCCCAUGAAGCCCAACAACAGUCCAGACAUCUGCACUCGGCUUCGAAUCAAGAAGACAGCUCCCCCUGAGAACACAUUCUCUGCCCUUAACAUUGUAACUGAUGGAGGGGUGUUUUUACACCGUUUUGCCAGCGAGUCGUGA